AUGACAUUGAUAUCAUCUUGUCUGAUACGUGCUCGUUUAGCAUGUCGACCAUUCUAUCGAUUUUAUGCAAAUUCAGCUCCGCGUACUAUUGAUGUUCAUUCAAUACCUCAAGAACCGAUUGAAACAAAAGCUGAACAACCAUUUCGAACAUCAAUAGAUGAUCCUACUUUACAUACAGAAAAAGAUUUAGGGUUAUUUUAUACAGUUAAUUCUGAUGAUUUUAAAAAAAUUAGUCCAUUUGGCAAAGCACUUCCAUUACAAUUUCGGGAAGAAUGUGAAGCAUUUAAUGAAACAGCUAUUAUGAUUCGACAACCAUCACUUGAUAUUAUUAAAUUAAUAAAACAAAUUAAUUGGAAUUUACCUCCAUUAAAAGUAGUACUUUUUCCUGCUGAACUUGGUGUUGGAAUGAGUUUAUGUCUAUUUCAUGUAAUACAUUACGGUUAUCGUAAGAAAAUGUUACUUGUUAAUACACCAACAGCGGCCGAAGUUCUUAAAUUAGCAUUAGAUGCAACACCAUCACCAAAUAAUGAACAAAUGUGGGAUACACCUUCAGCAGCUAGUACUUGGCUUAAAACAUUUGCAAUUAAUAAUGAAGCAAUACUUAGAGAAACAGAUUUUCGUACAAAAUUUACUUAUACAUGGAGUGCUCGAGAAUCGACACCAGCUGGAACACAUCUUCUUGAUCUUAUUGGUUAUGCAACUGAUCGAAUAAAAUAUGCAUCAGAAUGUGUUGGUGCUAUUGUUAAAGAAGUUAAAGCUCAAGUGAGAGAAAAAAAUAUUCAAACAUUAGUAACAUUCGAUACUAUAAAUAGUUAUUAUGGACCAACAUGGAUUGUUAAACCUGAUAAAUCAAUUGUAAAACCAAAUGAAGUAACAAUGGUAAAAGCUUUACAAGAAUUAUUAUUACCUGAUUGGAAUAAUGCUUUUAUUGUUGUUACUAUUGGACCAAAAGGUAUUAUUAUACCUAAAGUACGUGAAAAGCAUAAUUGGCUUGUUAGACAUGGACAUUUUCGUACAGAACAUCGUCUACCAGGUGUUCUUAUGUAUGAUGGACCAAUGACUGUUAAAUCAUUAUUAGGAACUGAAGGUAUUGAAGCACUUGAACCAUUUGUACCAAUUCAAGUAGAAAAAUAUACUGAAAAUGAAUUUAAUAAUCAAUACAGAUAUUAUAUUGAUCGUAAUUGGAUACAAAAUUAUCACGGUCGAGAAGAAGAAGGUCGAAAAGAAAUAUUAUUUUUUACAGCCAGAAAUCCAUAUGAAAUGGCUAAAUUUGUUGGUUCUCGUUGA